AUGGGACUGUCGACUCCAUCACCUGUGACCAAAAAGUUCAACACUGAGCUGACUGACUACUCUCUCCCUCACCGGCAACAAGGUGGACCCUACGCCGACAAUCUGGAGCUCGAUGCAAUCAUUGUUGGUGCCGGUUUUGCUGGCAUUUUCAUGCUCAAGACUCUUCGAGAACGCGGCAACAAAUGUGUUGUGUUCGAGGCAGGAAACGACAUUGGAGGAACGUGGAGGUGGAAUGCGUACCCUGGAGCAGGAGUUGAUUCGGAAGUGCCCGAGUACGAGUUCUCCUGGCCCGAGGUUUGGAGAACGUGGAACUGGUCUUCCAACUAUCCCGAUUACCGGGAGCUGCGCGCAUAUUUCAAUCAUGUCGACAAGGUUAUCGACGUGAAAAAGGACUGUUCGUUCAAUACAGUCGUUGUGGGUGCCCACUUUGACACUGACGCCGGGAAAUGGAAUGUCCGCACAGAGGACGGGCGAACGGCCAGAGCCAAGUAUUUGAUCUUGGGCACUGGAUUUGCUGCGAGGCGCCAUAUCCCCGAUUGGCCUGGCAUGGACAAGUUCAAAGGCGUGAUCCAUCAUUCUUCCUUCUGGCCCGAAGAUAACGUAGACGUGCAAAACAAGCGAUGUGCUGUCAUCGGCACAGGGGCUUCUGGAGUCCAGAUUGUCCAGGCGUGGGGACCGGUCGCCGGUCAAGUCAAGGUCUUCCAGCGUACCCCCAACCUUACCCUGCCAAUGCGCCGCAGACAGUUGACUGCCGAGGAACAGGAGCGAAAACGGGUACUAUAUCCCGAGCUCUUCCGGCUCCGAGAGACGGGCUUUGGCGGGUUCCAGUACGAUUGGAGCGAGAAGAAUACAUUCGAUGACACUCCCGAAGGUCGAGAGGCCCAUUAUGAGAAAGCAUGGCGAGACGGAGGAUUCAAAUACUGGCUGGGCAUCUACAAAGAUAACCUGUUCAACGGUGAGGCGAACAAGGAAUCAUACAAGUUUUGGGCAACGAAGUCCCGUGCUCGCAUUGACGAUGCGCGCAAGAGAGACCUGCUCGCUCCGGAAAAGAUGCCACAUUACUUUGGCAUCAAGCGUCCUUGUCUAGAACAGAAUUACUACGAGCAAUUCAACCGGCCCACCGUUGAUGUCGUUGAUAUCAACGAGAACCCCAUCAAGUACUUUACCGAGACCGGCAUCACUCUUGAAGACGGUACUCAUCACGAGUUUGACGUGAUUGCAGUUGCUACGGGAUUCGACAUCGUGACUGGAGCAAUGACGCAGCUCGGUCUGCAGAGUACCGACGGGACCAAUCUGCAGCAGGAAUGGUCCUCUGGGAUAAGCACGUAUCUGGGCAUCAGCGUCAGCGGCUAUCCCAACAUGUUCCACCUCUACGGACCUCAUGGCCCGACUCUUCUCAGCAACGGGCCUACCACAGUUGAGAUCCAGGGCCGCUGGAUUGCCGACAUGAUUGACAAGGCGCGAAGAGGUGACAUCAAGUAUGUGAACCCAAAGCGUGAAGCAGCCCGGGAAUGGACAAGGCACAUUGCAGAGCUCAACGACAAGACACUGCUCCCGACAACCAGGUCUACCUAUAUGGGCGGGAGCAUUCCCGGCAAGCUGUACGAGCCCAUGUGCUACACCGCUGGGGUACCGGGGUAUAAGGCCAAAAUCAGGGCUGCGUUGGACUCAAUGCAAGGUUUUGAGGUUGUGAGGAAUUCCGGCAAGGCCGACCCUCAGAUGUAA